AUGCCUUCUUCUCACCACGAGGCGCUCAAGGCCACUCUUGAGAGCAAGGGCCUCAAGUUCCAUAUCAAGGCAGGCCAAGCCAAGUGGGAGGCAACUGUGCUGGACCGCGCCACCCACGAGAGACGCAAGGCGGAGCGGCAGGACUCGUCUUCCUCCGUCUCGACGACCGCGAGUAGCUCUUCCUUUGCCACUACAUCAUCACGCUCGAGCACCAAGUCCCACUAG